AGCGGCGCAGGUUAGCGCCUGGAUACGGCUUAUUAGCGGACGGUCUGCGGGAGAUUCCGCCACAUGCCGGGAGCUCCAUGCUGACUGACUGGAGACCAUGGGACUCCUCAGCAUUACCGACCAGCAUCCACUGGUCCAAGCAAUAUUCAGUCGGAAAAUAGAUGAAGUGAAGUUAUUACUGAACCAGAAAGAAAAUGUCAAUGUUUUGGACCAAGAAAGACGUACUCCCCUGCAUGCUGCUGCCUUCUUAGGAGACCUUCAAACUAUUGAGUUAUUAAUACAGUCAGGUGCUAAUGUAAAUGCAAAGGAUUCGGCUUGGCUCACACCUGUGCACAGGGCUGUUUCUUCACGCCAUGAGAGAGCAGUCUCUCUCCUCGUGAAACACUCUGCAGACGUCAACGCGCGGGACAAAUACUGGCAAACUCCACUACAUGUUGCUGCUGCUAAUCGAGCUAAUAAAUGCGCAGAGACGUUGAUACCGCUAGUGAAGAAUGUCAACAUUGCGGAUCGCACAGGACGCACUGCCCUUCAUCAUGCUGUGCUCAGUGGAAACCUGGAGAUGGUGCUCAUGCUUUUAAACAAAAGAGCUCACCAUGGUAUAUGUGAUAAGAAAGAGAGGCAACCUAUUAUGUAUUCAUCUUUCCUGGGACACUUGGAAAUUACAAAGCUGUUGAUUUCUCGGGGAGCUGAUGCAAUGUCAAAGGAUAAGAAGGGUUAUACUCCUCUCCAUGCAGCUGCUUGUAGUGGACAGGUUGAUGUGUUGAAGUAUUUGUUAAAACUUGGUGUGGAGAUUGAUGAACCAAAUUGCUUUGGGAACACUGCCCUCCACAUUGCCUGUUACAUGGGACAAGAUUCUGUGGCCACUGAACUUGUUAAUUAUGGCUCCAAUGUCAACCAACCCAAUGAGAAAGGUUUCACCCCUCUGCACUUUGCUGCAGUUUCUACCAAUGGAGCUUUGUGUCUGGAGCUUCUUGUAAACAAUGGGGCAGACGUUAAUUUUCAGAGUAAAGAUGGAAAGAGCCCUUUACAUAUGGCUGCCAUCCAUGGACGGUUUACACGCUCUCAGAUUUUAAUACAGAAUGGUGGUGAAAUAGAUUGUGUCGACAAAUACGGCAAUACACCUUUGCACGUCGCUGCUAGAUAUGGCCAUGAGCUGCUAAUUAGUACGUUGAUGACAAAUGGUGCUGAUACUGCAAGGCGUGGUGUACAUGGCAUGUUUCCGCUUCACUUAGCUGUUCUCUUUGGUUUCUCAGACUGUUGCCGUAAGCUACUUUCCUCAGGUCAGUUGUACAGUAUAGUGUCGUCGCUUAGCAAUGAGCAUGUGCUGUCUGCUGGCUUUGAUAUUAACACGCCUGACAACCUUGGGAGGACCUGCCUCCAUGCUGCUGCUUCAGGAGGAAAUGUUGAAUGUCUUAAUUUGCUGUCAAGCAGUGGUGCUGAUUUGAGGAGACAGGAUAAGUUCGGAAGGACUCCGUUGCACUAUGCUGCUGCCAAUGGUAGCUACCAGUGCACCGUAAAUUUGGUCACUGCUGGAGCCAGUGUUAAUGAGGCAGACUUUAAAGGCUGCACCCCCUUACACUAUGCUGCUGCUUCUGAUACCUACAGGAGAGUGGACACACACUCUGGGACAAGCCAGGAGCCGGACGAAGAGCUGCUGAAAGCCUCGCAACAGAAGGAGGCUUUCUUCUGCCUAGAAUUCCUGCUGGAUAAAAAUGCCGAUGCGUCAUUACGUGAUAAACAGGGAUAUGCUGCUGUACAUUAUGCAGCUGCAUAUGGCAACAGACAGAAUCUGGAACUGCUCCUUGAAAUGUCCUUUAAUUGUUUGGAAGAUGUGGAAAGCACUGUACCAGUUAGCCCUUUGCACUUAGCUGCCUACAAUGGUCACUGCGAUGCUCUGAAAACUCUGGCGGAGACUCUGGUGAACCUGGAUGUGCGAGACCACAAGGGUCGCACUGCUCUUUACCUCGCAACAGAAAGGGGAUCUACAGAGUGUGUGGAAGUUCUCACUAGCCAUGGGGCAUCUCCUGUCAUAAAGGACCGCAAGAAGAAGUGGACUCCACUACAUGUAGCAGCUGCUUCUGGAAACACAGAUUGCCUACACCUGCUGAUUGACUGCAGCGAGAGGCCGGAUAUUGUAGAUGUUGUGGAUGCUCAUGGGCAAACCCCUCUAAUGCUUGCAGUGAUGAAUGGGCACGUGGACUGUGCUCACUUGCUGCUAGAGAAAGGGGCCACAGUUGAUGCUGGAGAUAAAAGAGGAAGGACCACACUUCAUAGAGCUUCUGUAACUGGCUGUGAGGACUGUGUUGGGGCCCUUUUGGACCACGAUGCCUUUGUGCUCUGUCGAGAUUUUAAGGGACGCACGCCUAUUCACUUUGCUUCAGCUUGUGGCCAUGCUACACUGGUGCAUGUGUAUUUGCAGGCUGCGCUUUCUACAGACCCACUGGAUGCAGUGGUGGAUUACAACGGAUACACUCCUAUGCACUGGGCUGCUUACAAUGGGCAUGAAGAUUGUUUGGAAUUGUUACUUGAACACAACCCAUUUGCUUACCUCGAAGGAAAUCCGUUUACUCCCCUUCACUGUGCAGUAAUUAACAACCAAGACGGUACAGCUGAGAUGCUGAUAGAAGCUAUGGGUGUCAAAAUUGUGAAUAGCAGAGAUGCCAAAGGGAGGACCCCUCUUCAUGCUGCAGCCUUUGCUGACAAUGUGAACGGUUUACAACUACUCAUGCGUCACCAAGCUGAGGUGGAUGCCACUGACCAGUCUGGUCGGACACCUCUGAUGAUGGCAGCAGAAAAUGGGAAGACUGCAGCAGUUGAGUUUCUGCUGUAUCGCAUGAAGGCGGAUUUAACUGUGAUGGACAUAAACAAGAACACUGCUCUUCACCUAGCAUGCAGCAAGGGACAUGAGAAGUGUGCCUUGUUGCUUCUAGGGGAGACCCGAGACCUUGGCCUUAUCAAUGCAACAAACAGCAUGCUGCAGAUGCCGCUCCACAUUGCUGCCCGUAAUGGGCUAGCAUCAGUUGUUCAAGCUUUGCUUACACGAGGAGCAACUGUAUUGGCUGUGGAUGAAGAAGCAGGUCACACCCCAGCCUUGGCCUGUGCUCCGAACAAGGAUGUAGCAGAUUGCUUGGCACUUAUCCUUUCCACCAUGAAGCCUUUCCCACCAAAAGACGCCAUCCUCCCCUUCAGCUUCAACCUUCUGAAGAACUGCGGUAUCGCUGCUAAGACUGCCCUUCCCAAUGGCAGCAGCUGCCCUUAUACAAAGGAUCGGCACAGCUCAAUUGCCAUGGAUGGCUGCUACUCUGAGUAGCUACUGCCGCUCUGUGGGUGACCCAAAACCUUAUUUUAAUUUAUUUAGGAUAAUUUUAGGGCACUUUAAAGGAGAACAAGACAUAAGUGCAAAGGUUUGAGCUUCUAUUGGCAAUUUCUCACAUUUUUCAUGUGGCUCUUCUGAGCCAGCA